CUAUGUUUCCUACACCGGGGAGCUCAGUCGCUCGCUGACCUCGGAACGUGUGACAGUGCCGGGAUAUAUGUAAUUGUCAACCGUUCGCAAUCGCACCGCAAUUGCCGCACGAACGAGUUUGAAGCGAUCGUCCCCGCGAGAUCGCGUUUCGAAUCUUCUUCAAUUUUUUCGCAUUACGCCUAUAUAUAUCGUUCACUUCCGUCAUCGCUCCAUUAUCGGUGUCACGGAGAAGUUAGGCGGAAACAAUACAAGUGCCGCCGCAGUAAAAAGACGAAGUGAGAUACAAGUGCGCGACGAGUGCUCUAAUGACCCAGGAUUCUCUCCCGUUAUUCUGUGAUACGUAACGAGAAGCGCCGUCGCCUGUAUCGCGAACCGCGAGAUAAUCCCUCUCACGUGUUCGCGCCGCCGCGGCGAAAAGCUCCGCGCGGAGGACACAGCCUCGCUGCUGUCUACAUUUCUCUCUCUCUCUCUCUCUCUCUCUCGCCCGCGCGCGGAUGUCGCCCGCCGCGACCUGAUUACAACGCGCCGCAUGUCGUCCCGUGCGUGGCACGAGGAACGGCCACGAUUCGCCGUCCGAUGAACGUCGAAACGUUUUGUGGUUUCGGGUUGAACGACGACGACGGCCAGUGAUAUUACACAGCUGCGUCCGGAACCUUUGGCAAAGGAUUUUAUCGGCGAGACGUCGUGGGACGACAGCAAGACGGAGCGAAGCAGAGACAGCGUUCAAGAAGUCGCCGGUAGUGAGGGCGUGUUAUGAAAUUAUUGUCAUCAAUUCAGCUAUCGCCGGUAACUUCCGCCGCAGGCGGAAUGACCGGAAUGGAUUCCCGGCUGCCACCGGGUAGAUCGUUGCCUUUCAAUCCGGACCUAUUCUGGCGGGCUCAUUGUCAGUACGGGUUCUCGCUAAAUUUUCCGCCUUCGACGCAUCCGCCGCCCAGUCCCUUCCUAGAUUUUAAGACUCAUUUACCAACGAGUCUAGUGUCCGAUCCUAGACUGUGGUCGCGGGAAGAUGUAGCGGCAUUCCUGCGAUGGGCCGAGCAGGAAUUCGACCUGCCGCCAUUCGACAUGGACGUGUUCCAGAUGAAUGGCAAGGCGCUGUGCCUGUUGACGAAGGCCGAUAUGGGCGAGAGAUGUCCAAGCGCCGGUGACGUAUUGCACAACGUGCUUAGCAUGCUGGUGCGCGACUACAGCCAGUUGCAAAGGUGUCUGCCAAGCAGCCCGGUGACACCGACUAGGCCGUCCGCGUAUCCACUAAGUCCGCUUUCGCAUCCGCCCACACCCACGUGGACGGAGACGGCACCAUACGCCCAGAAUAUUGCCUCCCUGAUGUCAGCUAACUCUGUGACACUCUCGCCGGCACCGUCCGUGGACAGUCAAUCGGGCUCGCCCAGCCACGCGACCGACGCGAAUCAGACGCAGAUCUACAAGAGCGACUCGGACGAGGACAAUAAUCACCAGGUGUCAAGCGGUAAUAGCAGCCCACCGCCCACGCCGACCGCCUUAACGGCGCAGAGGCUUAGCGAAGUGAGCGUCAAGGAUCAGCCGAGUCCGACGUUACCGUCGCAAUUGAUGUCGUUGACACCCGGCGCUUUUCGAUCGACUACCGCCAAUGCGGCCAGAGAGUUCUUUCCCAGCGACUCGUCGGAACCCAACACCAAUGGAAGACUACUCUGGGAUUUCCUUCAGCAAUUGUUGAAUGACCCCCAGCAACGGUAUCACAAUUUCAUCGCAUGGAAGAGUCGGGACACUGGCGUUUUCAAAAUCGUCGAUCCGCCCGGUCUGGCACGGCUCUGGGGUAUCCAAAAAAAUCAUCUUUCUAUGAAUUACGAUAAAAUGAGCAGAGCUCUACGUUAUUAUUAUCGCGUGAACAUACUUAGAAAAGUUCAAGGCGAACGACAUUGUUAUCAAUUUCUACGUAACUCAGUCGAGUUGAAAAACAUCAAGAACAUAUCGUCGUUGCGCCAUCAGAUGCGAAUAAAAUCGGAACCAGAGGAAGAAGGGACUCUCUCUGGGAGUCCCGAAACAGAACCGGAAGCGGACAUGCCAACGGAUCUCUCGAUGUCCAGUAUGAACCAGCCAUCGAGCGAACAGCAGCAACAGCCCUUGCCACUACAUGAUCCACCUGCCAAGUACAGAAGUCACGCGUACAAUCUCGUUAAGACCAAUCAGGAGCCGGAAGAGAGGAAGUGACGCGGGACCUAGCGAUGGCAGGAAAACUAUGAUCACGCGUAAUCGUUAAUCGUGCCGCGGCAGACUGAGAGCCAGCGGUGAAACGAAUUCUACAUAACAAAGGUUCCAUAUCAACAACCGAUCGACAAAUUGCAGGAUGAGAUUGAAGAUUGAAUUAGCAUUCACUCUGUCCGGUUUAUCGGUUUAUUGAUGAGAAGGAGAUAUCGCACGAAGUCAUCAAGACGGCAGAGAACAGAUGGAAUCCGAAAAGCGUAACUCGUUGAUGAGGUUUAGAAAGACAAGAUAAUAAUAAUAAGAUCUAAUCGAGAUAAUUAAUGGUGAUUGAUCAAGAGAAGUAUGAGAAUGAUUCGGAAUUUUAUCGAAUGCAAUCGUGAUUAAGUUAAAGGACUCUCGAAAUACGACAGUUCGUAUGUAUGAGACUUUUUUGAGAAUAUCCGUCAAAAUAGAGGAGAACGAGCGGUCUUUCUCGUUUAUCCAAUACACGGAGACAUUGACGUUCCAAAGAUAAUCCUUGAGGAAUCAAGAGAUUAGAUUUUCUGUACUUUUCUGUCGACGACAGUUCAAAGUUGCAAUCACACAAGAAUACUCUUCACUUUCAUCGUGACGUCGUGUACAAAUGUGAUAAGGAGCGCGGGAAGAGAGCAUAUUUUGGCAAUACCAUUUCUCACGGUGCUAAUCGGAUAACGAAAUUCGCCUUCCGUCCUCACACGGAUUCGCGUUGAAUCGUUGUGCGCCGGAGAUAAUGAUAGACGCUUCGAUCUCUGAAGCUGAAUCUUUGCGGAUAUUCCGCCCUAUCCUCCUUUUCCGCUUCCCUCGUAACUGGGCGAACCACCCAUGCGAAUUGUUGGGCAAUUUCCUUUCCGCUUUUACAACGACGAGAUGUGUAAGAACUUAGAUGCGCUUAACAGCAUACAUACAAUGAUUCAAUGUACAAAGAAUGCCAGAAGGAGAACUGUUACCAGGUAUUUCCUUUCUUUAAUGUCUCUCUUUUUCUUUUCUUAAUUUUAAGCAUGUGUUCUGUGAUGUGACUUUAUUUUUGGUGAAACUUAGUCCGUGAAUAAGGUCGAUCCCAAAGAGAGAGAGAGAGACUACCUGAUUUGACGUUCGUGUAAAUUCAUCACAAAAAUAAAAUAUUAUGUUACAAAUGUUUCUAUGAAGUUUCCGAAGAUAUGAAGAGCUUGACAAAAUCUUUCCACGACAGUUCAAUAAGAUUUUUUUAUGUAUGUCGACUUUAUAAAACGAGUCUUAGAACAGAAAAAUUUAACUAGAUUUUCUCAAGCUCUUGUGCACUGAAACGGUUUUCCGUUACUUUGACGUAUUUGUGCCAAGAAUAUUUGCCGUUUAAUAAGUGGACGAUAUUUAGUUAUAUGUAUUUAAUCGAUCGAUUAAAAAAGAAAAAAGAAAAAAAAACUCGGUAUAUCACGAUUUUGGAACCAAGUAUCGCUCGCGCUCGAUAUAUGCGUUAUAUGAAAUAAACGCAUUGUAACUGAAUGCCGUAUAAUCGAUUAUGUAUUGUAGAUGUACAGGAAUUAAUUAAUUGAACUAAUGAAUUGUAAAUGCAAAUAAAAGGAAGAUAUAAGACGAAUAUUAGAAGAAUAGCGAAAGAAUUUUAUUGGAAAUUCGGGGCCAGAGUUAGAGUAUAUAAAUUUAUCUAUAGAAAAAAAAGUAUAUAUACAUAUAUAUAUUUUACUAUCAAAAUUUAUAUUCGAAAUUUCUAUGUUUGUUGCCGGUGCGAUUGUGGCUUCACAUUCCACGACUCUUUAUCCAAGGAUUGUCUGCGAAAUAAAUCGCGAGAAAGAAGCGCGCGGAGAAAACGAGACACGUACACAAUUAGAAAAACAAGUUUUAAGAAAAUUACUAAUUGUAUUUUUACACUUGAGAAUAUAAAACUGAGAAAGUAUGAGAGAAUUGAAGUAUGAGUGCAACAGAGAGAAAGAGAGAAAAUGAGUUUCGUCAAAUGUAUGAUUAAAUAUAUUAAGAAAUAUAUUUGGCUUCUUGUAUACUGUGAUCUCUACAUUACAUAACGCAAAAAAAGCAUUGCAUAGUUAAAUAGGUAUUAUUAUUUAGAUGAAACGCAUGUGCAUCGAGCACAUCUAGACGAAUCGUUUAUCUGGAGGAACUGCGUGAUGUUAUCGAGAUAAGAGACCUAUAUAUGUACAUCUUUUUUGUUUACAGUCGUGUAAAUAAUUUUCACAUGGAUAAAUUGUCAGAGAAAAAAGUGGCAGUUUAUGUAUAAAUGAAUAAAUAAAUAUAUAUAUAUAUAUACGUUAUAUAACAGCAUAUAUGAAGACAGAUAAUACUAUAAUGUAAAGCAAUGCAUCUCUAAGAUGUAUCUAAGGUUGGAAAAGUUUAUAUCGUUUCGCGUGUAUAAAAUAAAAUAUGUAAAAUCCUAGAGAUUAGGGCUGUUUUAUUAUAUAAAUUGUUAUAUGAAAAGUACAUAUGAAAUGAUGAAUGUUGUAAAUAUAGACUUAUUUAGUUAUUAAGAA